AUGAAAAGCUUCAUUGUAACCGUCACAGCUCGUCUGACUGUGAGUCCCAGCAGCUCUCAGUUCUUUGAAGGAGACUCUUUGACUCUGAGCUGUGAGGAGGACGACAGCUCUGCUGGAUGGACUCUGAGGAGAAACACAAGCAGAGAACAGAGGACUCAGUGUGCAGCUGACUGGGGAAGAUGGUCUGGUUCUACGUGCAACAUCAGAAACUCAUAUCCAUUGGACAGUGGAGUUUACUGGUGUGAGUCCAGAGAGGGUGCCAUCAGUAACAUGGUUAAGCUCACAGUCUCUGGUGGAUCAGUGAUCCUGCAGAGUCCUGUCCUCCCUGUGAUGGAGGGAGAUGACGUCACUCUGCUCUGUCAAACAAAGACCACUCCCUCCAACCUCCCAGCUGCUUUCUAUAAAGAUGGCUCCCUCAUCAGGAAGCAGCCUACAGGUCACAUGACCAUCCAGCAUGUUUCCAGGUCUGAUGAAGGCCUCUACAAGUGUGACAUCAGCGGUCAUGGAGAGUCUCCAUCCAGCUGGAUCACUGUCACAGAGAGACACACCACCACACCUCCACCUACAUCCACACCUCCACCUACAUCCACCUCUACGUUGACGUUUCCUUCUGGUUCCUCUCCUCUUCUCCUCAUGUUCUUGACUGUUGGAUCAUUCUGUGCUGGGGUUCUCCUGGUGUUACUGGUUCUUUUGGUGCAACGACACGUUCACAGGAAGGUUGAAGGUGGCUCACAGUAA